CGUAGGAGCGGCAUUUCGUCUCGCGACGGCGUACAGUUCGCAUCGAUCGUAGCUUUCGUUGAGAAUAUCAGAGAUUCGUGACAGAUUCGAAUUGCGCAUUCUCAUUCUAUCUUGUCUCUUAAGAGAACAGGAUAUAAAAGAAGAAUAAGAAGAAGUUAAAGAAGAAGAAGAAGAAGAAGAAGAAAACCAAGAAGAAAAAGUGGAUGAAAAAAGAUCAUAAUAUUCGAUAAUUGACUAAUACUAUUUUGGUGACGUCAAAGAAUAUUCUCAUUAAAAAGACAUCAUUCAGAUAAAGAAAUAUCCUAUAAUAGAAGAAUAAAUAAAAGAAGAAAGAGAAAAAGGGUUAGAAGGAGAAGAAGAAAGGAAAAUAUUAGUGAUCAUGUUGAAGAAAUUAUUGAGCAAAUCCGGACGUAGGAUUUUACGGGCGAUCAAGAAGCUGUCAACGAGGAGUCGGAAGUUGAAAAGGUCGCAGCAGUCCAAUUGUGAUGGUGGUUGGCAAACGACCCUCGGACCGGAUCUAGAUGCCGUGUCCCUUUCGUUGUCCCUACCGUCCCUGGACGCGAAAAGUAUCGACACCUACAUGACCUACGUCAUUGAGAACAUCGAUGAUUGUGAUUCUAGAUGUUGUCACUGUUGUGACGAAUACGAAGAGAAUCAAAGGAAUGAGAACAUUGAAAAUGAAAUGACGAUCUAACGUUUACUUCGAUAGAUCAUUUUUUUGUAAUAUUUAUUUCUCUCUCUCUCUCUCUCUCUUUCUCUCUCACUCUUUCUCUCUUUUUGUCUCUCUUUCUCUAUCACAAUCUCUAUCUCUUAUAUUUAUUAUUUAUUCCACGUUCCUAAUAAACUAGCAAUAAAGAGAUUAUCGGGAUUAGAGAGGGACAGAGAGAGAGAGAGAGAGGGGGGGGGAGGGAGAUAGAGAGAAAGAGAGAGACAGAAAUAGGAAGAAAAAGAGAAGAAAGUUUAAAAGAUAAAUAAUGAAUGAAAGACCAAAGAAAUAGAUUUUAUUUAUAAUCGAGGAUUACUGCUCGGUCUUCCGAAAGAAUAUUUAUGAAAGAAAUCUCAGUAAAUUCAUCGGAUUUAUUAUUUUGAUCUCGUUUAGCCUAAUUCCAUAUCUCGUAUGUAUAUGUAUAUUCAUUGAAAUUUCUUUAAAUAGUGUGUAUAUAUAUAUAUAUAUAUAUAUAUGUGUAUGUAUAUACGUACGUAUGCAAUUCCUAGCACGAACUGUUAGAAUAGCUUUGUAUCAAUUUUUGUUUUUUUCUUUUCACCGCCUCCGCUCCUCCCCUUCCCCCUAUCACGCUCCUUUUUUCGUUUUAUUUCGUUUCAUCCGUUUUUUUUCUUUUUUUUUUUUUCCUCGCAACGAAAGAAAGACGAUUUCUAUCGCGUUGCUAUUAUUUAAAGGUAUUCAUAUCGUGCAGCAAUACCUAAUAUAGUACAAACGCAUAUCGGAUAUGCCUAUGUGCAAGAAACUAGAAUAGAAUGGAAUAGAAUAGAAUAGUAAUGUAGUAAUGUAGUUUAUAAGUUGGCCGAUUCGAUUCACAUCCAAGGUAAUUUCACAUAGAAUUUCUUAUUGCGAUAAAUAUGUUCGUCGAUAAAUAUUGAUACGAUCGAUGGAUUAGGACGAGUUGAUUGUAAUUUAAGAAAAAAAAAGAGAAAAAAAAAGAGAAGAUAUUAUAAAAUUUGUGUUAAAAAGGUUUCUCUAAAACUUAAGAAACGUGUCUCUUGUUGUCCAUCCAAAAUUCACAAGAAAAGAAUAUAUAUAUAUAUAUAUAUAUAUAUUCUUCCUACAAU